AUGGCCGCGCAGUCUAAACUGCUCCUCCCGGAGCGCUCCAUUCGGCGUCUCCUCUCCAGCCUAUCGAAACUCUACCUCCGCAACCGCACCCGCAUCACUCGCACCGUCUAUCUAGCCCUCUUCGCCGCUCUAGUAAAGCGCAUCCAUGGUGCUAUUUCCGAGCAGAAAGCCGCCUCUCAGCAACAGGUGGAACUGCGACGACGACCAGGGACCAGUAGUCUCGGCAGCGGCGCCACGGGCAGCGGGGGCGGCGACCGAUCGCGCAAGAAGGUCGAGGUGAAUCGGGAGUUCUUUCGAAAUUUGCUCCGGUUGCUGAAGGUUGUGGUUCCCGGUUGGCGGAGUAAGGAGAUGCGGUUGCUUGUGGGGCAUAGUGUGUUCUUGGUGCUGCGGACGUUGCUGAGUUUGUAUGUGGCCGAGUUGGAUGGUAGGUUGGUGAGCAAUUUGGUGCGUGGGAAGGGGAGAGAUUUCUUAUUGGGUCUGGUCUGGUGGAUGAUCGUUGCGGUGCCCGCGACGUUUACAAAUUCGAUGCUUUCCUACCACCAAUGCAAACUCGCUCUUAGUUACCGGAAACGUCUGACUGACCAUAUCCACGAGAAAUACCUGUCUAACAUGACAUUCUAUGCGAUUUCCGCGCUGGAUGACCGAGUCAAGAACCCCGACCAGCUUAUCACGGUGGACGUCUCGAGAUUCUCCGAUAGCCUGGCAGAGCUCUAUGGCAAUCUAGCCAAGCCCGUUCUCGACAUGGCCAUCUAUACCUUUUCACUCUCCAGGAGUGUGGGCUCAGAGGGUCUCUUUAUCAUGAGUUUGGUGGUGCAGUUAUCUGCCAACGUCAUGCGUGCCCUGACACCACCAUUUGGCAAAUAUGUUGCCGACGAAGCCAUGUUGGAGGGAGAGUUCCGAUUCCUUCAUACCAGACUCAUUGAUUACAGCGAGGAAGUGGCGCUCUACCAUGGCCACGAGGCCGAGAAGGAUACCCUGGACAAAGGGUAUUUCACUUUGAUCAAGCAUGUGAAUCGCAUCCUGCGGAGACGAUUGUACCAUGGCUUCAUGGAGGACUUUGUCAUCAAAUACUUCUGGGGUGCCCUGGGCUUGGUGCUUUGUAGUGUUCCUGUGUUCUUCAAAAUCCCUGGGAAAAUUACCCAAUCCGCUGGGGAUCGGACGGAGAGCUUCGUUACCAACCGGCGCAUGCUGCUAUCAGCAUCAGACGCUUUCGGGCGCCUAAUGUUCUCCUACAAGGAAAUCUCCGAACUAGCCGGCCACACAGCACGCGUCUCCUCCCUCCUAGAAGUAAUGGACGACCUCCUCGCCGGCCGCUUCGAAAAGAAACUCGUCUCAACAGCCUCAACCGAAGAAAACGCCUCCGUCCUUUCCGGCCGCGGCUCAAUCGAAGAAAGCUCCUCCAUCGAAUUCACAGACGUCCCCAUCGUCUCCCCCAACGGCGAUGUCCUCGUCCGCAAUCUUUCCUUCGCCAUCCACCCAGGCGACCACCUCCUCAUCGUCGGUCCCAACGGCUGCGGCAAAUCCUCCCUCUUCCGAAUCCUAGGCGGCCUGUGGCCUGUGUAUGGUGGCAUUGUCAAGAAACCCCGCUUCGACGAGAUCUUCUACAUCCCGCAACGACCCUAUCUCUCCCGCGGGACCCUCCGCCAACAAGUCAUCUACCCUGAUGGCGUGCGGGAAAUGCAUCACAAGGGCGUCACAGACGACGACCUCGCUGAGAUCCUCUCCAUCGUCGAAAUCGCCUCCGUCAUCGACCGUCCUGGCGGCUGGGACGCAGAGGAGGAAUGGCGCGAUGUCCUCUCGGGAGGCCUCCAGCAACGAAUCGCCAUGGCACGCCUGUUCUAUCAUAAACCCAAGUUCGCGAUCCUGGACGAGUGCACAUCCUCUGUGACCCUGGAGAUCGAGCGUGUUAUGUACGAGACUGCUAAGAAGUUGGGGAUCACGUUGAUGACUGUGUCGCAUAGACGGAGUCUGUGGAAGUACCACAAGAAAAUCCUGCAGUUUGAUGGGCAAGGGAGUUAUGUGUUUACAGGGUUGGAUUGGGAGAGGAGAUUAAAGCUUGAAGAUGAGAAAGAUGACCUGGAGCUUCAACUGCGCGCCGUCCCGGACAUUCAACGACGUAUUGCCGAGUUGAGCUCUUAG